UACCCCUUCGGCUUGCAUAGAUUCAUCUUUUAACAAAAAAUUAGGUUAAUAAGCCAUGGUUGUAAAUAAUGGAAAUCCUGAAGUCAACGCUGGGAUCUUCCGUUCAAUAACAUUCUGGUGGGUGCAGAAGAUUUUCACAACUGGAAAUAAAAGGCCUCUAACAGAGGAUGAUGUGUUCCCAAUCGACCCAAGACUACAGAGCGAGCGAUUGACUGCUCUUCUGGAACAGCAAUGGCUUCGAGAAGCCGAAAAAUCCAAGAAUCCAUCUCUUGCUAUUACACUUCUCAAAAGACAUUGGUUUACUAUCAUGUGGCUUUUUGUAGCAUUCAACUUCGAGGCUGCUUUUAGAUGUUCAAUUCCUUUCGUAGUUGUACGUAUAACUUCAUAUUUUGAUCCCGUUGUAGAAAUGACGCAGCAGACUGCUCUUCUGUGGUCAGUUUGUUUAUUACUAAUGAUGUUCACAAUGGUGGGAUUCAGAAGCUAUUUAUACUAUUCGAUGAUGCGUCUAGGAACUGUUUUAAGGGUCGAAGUAACGGGCCUCGUGUAUAGAAAGGCGUGCAGAAUAACACAACGGGAGAUUGGGGAGAGAUCAGUUGGUCUGAUUCUAAACCUUAUCACUAACGAUGCUCAACGACUAGACGAGAACAUAACGGUGGCAAAUGCACUGUUUAAUAUGUGGUCAGCUCUAGGGAUCGCAUUUGCUACAAUAUACACAGAACUAGGGAUAUACUCGACCCUAGCUGCAUUUGUACCUGUGUUACUGUGCGUUCCUAUUCAGCUUGGCAUCGGGAGAAUUGUUCUUUACUUGAGGGAGAAAGCAUCUGUGUUGACGGACAGACGAGUUAAGAUAAUACACGAAAUAAUACUGUUUAUGAAGGUGAUAAAGAUGUACGGUUGGGAGCUUAUGUUCAAGAAACUUGUAGGAAAGAUAAGACGUAAAGAAUCGAAAGUUAUUGGGUUAUUCGUGCUGACACAAACGAUGAACAGUGUUAUCUUUUACGUCAUUCCUGUCGUGGCACUGCUUCUCUCGAUUUCGAUAAAAAUGUACGUCGAUGAACCUAUGAAGACAUCAGAGAUAUUUUUCUUCCUGUCACUCAUCAAUGUUCUAGAAAUUUAUAUCAACAUAUUCCUCGGAAACUCCUUCAGUUACUUUUCUCAACUGAUCACAACCUUUAGGAGAAUCCAGGACUUCUUAAAUGCCGACGAGAUAAAGCAUAUCUACAAGAAAGCGGCUAUAAUGAAUCUUACCAAUGAGGUAAUUAUUAAUAAGAGUUUCCUACACAAGGAACCGGAAUUAAGAGAGAACCAUGGCCUGAAAGUUCUACAAACAGGCGUCAAGACUGAAAGCAUUGAAAUGGCUGUAACUUUGGACAAUUUUUCUUCAAAAUGGGGACCCGAUGUCUUCUCUUUGAAUGGUCUCAAUCUUACUGUAAAAAAAGGAGAACUUAUCGCUGUAGUAGGACCUGUUGCUUGUGGCAAGACAACCCUUCUCAUGUCUAUACUACAGGAGUUAGAACACGAAGGAAUUCUAAACAUUGAUGGAAGUGUGGGAUUUUCUUCACAAGUACCUUGGAUAUUCAACGGAAAUAUUGAAGAGAAUAUUUUGUUUAAUAGACCUCUUGAUAAGGAAAAGUUAAACAAAUGUAUUGAGUCUUGCUACCUAACAAAAGAUAUAGAGCAGUUUUCGAAUGGCUUGUAUACAGUCGUCGGUGAAAGAGGUACUCAGUUGAGUGGGGGACAGAAAGCUCGGGUCAACUUAGCUAGAGCUGUUUACGCGCAGGAUCCGAUAAUACUUCUAGAUGAUCCUCUAAGUGCUGUAGAUAGCAGAUGUGCUAAACACAUCUUCAACAAACUGAUUAAAGAUCAGCUAGCUGGAAAAACACGCAUUCUUGUAACCCAUGCCACUCACUUCUUAAGCGAAGUUGACCGCAUAGUUGUCAUGGAUACAGAGGUUGUAACUGAUGGUAACAAAACCAAAGUUGUGGGUAAAAUAAGCCACGUAGGAACCUACUCUGAACUCCUUUCUAAAGGAUUGACAUUAUCGAUUUUUGGCUCUGGAGAAAAUAAACGCAGGAGGAACAGAACAACUUCAAAACUGUCCUGUGGACCAGAUGACGUUGAAUCUGAUGAGUAUUCAGAAACAGAUGAGACGAAGAAGCCAGCUAAAUAUGAAGAAGAAAAAAAGACUGGUACCUUGAGCAAGAUGCUUUACAUCAAAUACUCAACUUUAAGUAUCGGAUACAUUGCUAUUCCCAUAUUAUUGGUUGCCCUGGUAGCGCCUCAAAUUCUCAGCAUAUAUCAACAACAGUACGCUAUCGAAUGGUUGAACCAUAGACACGAAAUUGGAAUCAAUUUUACAGAAGAGGAAAGGGACCAAUUUGAUAAAUCGCAAUAUCAAACAUAUGUCGGCUUAGCUAUUGGCACUGCCUUUUUAUUUAUUGGACGAGCAUUAGUUUACUUAUCACUGAUAUACAGAUCAGGGAAAAAACUACACAAUGAUGCACUGUUCGCAAUUCUGAGAUCCCCAAUGAGAUUCUUUGACACUAAUCCAAUAGGAAUGAUAAUCAAUCGGUUUACAAAGGACACAUAUUUUAUGGAUGAACGAUACUCCUUCGUUUCAUUGGACUUUUUGUCGCUGUUCCUGUUAUUUUCAGCAUCUCUAGCCCUAGCAGUUAUAGCCAAUUUCUGGUUUAUAAUUCCCCUCGUUUUGUUGGUUACAGCUUUGCUACUCACUGUACGUUACUACCUUCGAACGUCUGUUGAAUUAAGACGAAUUGAGGCAUUGAAACGUAGUCCCAUCUUGUCACAUAUUUCUGCGACCCUUUCUGGAUUGACCACUAUUCGUGCCAACAACCAGAUAGAAAUAUUCGAAUCAAAGCACUACCACGCAAGGGAUGAACACACUCGUUGCUGGAUAUUAUUUCAAGCUGCUAGUCAUUGGUAUUCCUUGCGUCUUGAUUGUCUCACUGUCUUAACCAGUGUAAUUGCUACAUUUCUAACUGUACUACUCAAAGAAGUCGUGGGUGCCUCAGUAGCAGGUUUGGCUGUGGUUUAUAUAACCAACAUGGUCAGUGGAUUCCAGUGGUGUAUACGACAAUAUACCGAGACAGAAAACAUGAUGACUGCUGUGGAGCGGAUUUAUAUGUUUGCUGAUUUGCCUUCAGAGGCUCCUUUAGAGGUUACAGAUAAGAAAACAAUGGUUGUGAGCAAUAAAGUGGCUACCAGUGGUGUAAUAGAGUUUAGAAACGUUAGAUUGAAGUACGACCCUGAGGGUGAUUACAUUCUCCGUGAUCUAUCCUUCUUAACCAAACCAUGUGAGAAGAUAGGUAUUGUUGGUCGAACUGGUGCAGGUAAAAGUACCAUACUUCAAGCUCUCUUCAGAAUGGUUGAACCAGAAGGUGAAAUAUUAUUAGAUGGAAUGUUGACUAGAGAAAUGGGUCUUCAUGAACUCAGAAGAUCAAUCAGCAUAAUCCCUCAAGAGAGUCUUUUGUUUUCAGAAACUCUGAGAGUAAAUCUUGAUCCGUUUUUUGAGUUCAGUGAUGAUUACUUGUGGGACGCGCUAGAGAAGGUAGAGUUGAAAUCGUACGUUUCAGCCCAGACUGGAGGUCUGGAGAUGAUGGUCCAGGAGGGUGGUGGGAAUCUGUCAGCUGGUCAGAGACAGCUGUUGUGUCUCGCUAGAGCUUUGCUGAAGGACAACAAGUUUCUGGUUAUUGACGAGGCUACUGCUAAUGUUGACGAGCGAACUGACCAACUGAUCCAGCAGACUCUCCGACAAGAGUUUUCGAAAUGCACUGUCCUCACCAUAGCUCACAGAAUCAAUACCAUUAUUGAUAGCGACCGUAUAAUGGUGAUCGACGAGGGUAAAUUAGCUGAAUUUGACCACCCUGCAUUGCUUCUGAAUAGACCUGAAAGUAUUUUCUACGAUUUAGUCAACGAAACUGGGAUGUUUGAAGUUUUGUUGGAUCAAGCGAACAUGAGUUUUGAUACAUCAUUAAAAUCAGAAUAGCAUAGUUCAAGUUGUUUAGUUGUAAUGAAUCAUGAACUGGAUAUCAUACAUCAUCAUACAUGACACGUGUUCGUUUAAUAGUUCAGGUUAAUAAGUGAAUUAUUUUACGAUUUUAAGCUUUAUCAUAAAAAUCACGAAAACUUGUUGAUACGGAUAAUUUUGUUGAUUGCUCUGUGCUCAGUAGAGCAAAAAACUUUUUGUUGGAUCACCCAC